AUGCAGCUGUAUUUGCUGUUAGGACUUGUUUGCUUUUCGGCAGUCAGUGCUAAAAUAUAUUUCAAAGAAGAGUUUUCGGAUGAUGACUGGGAAAAAAGAUGGAUAAAAUCAAAACAUAAGGAUGAUUUCGGCAAAUGGGAAAUAUCGCAUGGAAAAUUUUACGGUGACGCUGUGAAAGACAGAGGUCUUAAGACUGCGCAGGAUGCAAAGUUUUAUUCGAUUGGUGCAAAAUUUGAGAAGGGUUUUUCAAACAAGGGUAAAUCACUGGUUGUCCAAUUUAGCGUUAAGCACGAACAAGACAUCGAUUGUGGCGGUGGCUACAUUAAGCUGAUGGCAUCAGAUGUAAACCUAGAAGAUUUCCAUGGCGAAACUCCUUAUCAUAUUAUGUUCGGUCCGGACAUUUGUGGACCUGGAACAAAGAAAGUUCAUGUCAUAUUCCAUUACAAGGGUAGGAAUCACAUGAUCAAGAAAGACAUCCGAUGCAAGGAUGACGUCUUCACUCAUCUUUACACAUUGAUUGUGAAUUCUGAUAACACUUACGAAGUACAAAUUAAUGGCGAAAAGGUUGAGUCUGGUGAGCUGGAAGCCGAUUGGGACUUUCUUCCUCCGAAGAAGAUUAAGGAUCCGGACGCAAAGAAACCGGAAGAUUGGGAUGAGCGAGAAUAUAUUGAUGACGAGGAUGACAAGAAACCCGAAGACUGGGACAAGCCGGAACAUAUUCCUGAUCCGGACGCCAAAAAACCGGAGGACUGGGAUGAUGAAAUGGAUGGAGAGUGGGAACCACCAAUGGUUGAUAAUCCGGAAUAUAAAGGAGAAUGGAAGCCGAAGCAGAAGAAAAAUCCUGCAUACAAGGGCAAAUGGAUUCAUCCGGAAAUCGAUAAUCCAGACUACACCCCAGAUGAUGAUUUGUACUUUUAUGGGGAUAUUGGAGCAAUUGGCUUUGAUUUGUGGCAAGUAAAAUCAGGAACCAUUUUCGAUGACGUCAUUGUAACAGACAGUGUGGAAGAAGCCAAGAAGUUUGGUGAAAAAACAUUGAAAAAAACUAAGGAAGGUGAGAAGAAGAUGAAAGAAAAGCAAGAUGAAGAGGAAGAGAAGAAGAGAAAGGAAGAAGAAGAGAAAAACAAAGAAGAAGAAAAAGAAGAGGAAGAUAAGGAAGAAGAAGAAAAGGAAGAAGACGAAAAGAAAAAAGAUGAUGAAACACACGAAGAGCUGUAA